AAGAGACGAGGGAGGUGUCACGCAAGCAACCAACCCUGGCCACGGGCCACCACACUACUUAAACAUGAAUGACAUCACAGCCGUAUGGAGCCUGGCUAAUAAAUCCUAAGUAGCCAGAGGGACGCGCUACAGACUGGCUGUGGUUGCAGGGUGGUUUAUCCAGGGCAGAGAGGAGAAGCAGCACAUUGCACAGCUCUCACUCCCCCCUAUUUCUGUAUGGACUGCUCCAAGUGAAAGAGAGUCGCAUGGACAGAUGUAAGGGAGAUCCUGCAACUUUCUCUGGCUGCAUCCCUAGCGACGAGAUCUGGGAGUCGCUGCGCACAGCUGGCUGAUUGCUUGCGACUGCUGCUUUCUACACCACCUUGUCCCGCUGUUUCUUCUUGGAGAGGAUCGAGUCUCUGGUUACCAUGGUGAUGGAGCUGAAAGUGAAGAAUAUUUAAUAGAGAGGGGAGGCUGGAGCUCGCAGGCAGACACCGUGGUGCCACUAAGGACUGUGCGUAAAGGGCGAGCGCAUUGGAGACAGACAGGGGCUCCGCUCAACUUUCACUUGACUGCAAUGAGAGGGGGGAAUCCUGAAUCCCCUAAGUGCCCCUGAUCCCCCCCCCCCUAAACAAUAAUUCUUCCUCCUGAUGCAUUAUUGAUGAUCUCUGGCAAGAAAUCGGGAGCAGCCAACUGUUACUUUGUGUAUCUGUGUGCAGCAUGGAUCAUUCCCAGUGCCUUGUGACUAUAUAUGCUCUCAUGGUCUUCUUGGGACUUAGAAUAGACCAGGGGGGCUGCCAACAUUAUCUGCACAUCAGACCGGCUCCUAGUGAAAACCUGCCACUGGUGGACCUUAUUGAGCACCCAGAUCCCAUGUAUGAUCCCAAGGAGAAGGAUCUUAACGAGACCUUGCUGAGGACUUUAAUGGUUGGACACUUUGACCCCAACUUUAUGGCCAUCAACCUGCCGGAGGAGAGGCUUGGAGUGGAGGACCUUGGGGAGUUGGAUCUUCUUCUUAGGCAGAAGCCCUUGGGGGCAAUGCCAGCGGAAAUCAAGGGACUGGAGUUUUACGAGGGGCUUCAGGGCAAAAAGCACAGACUGAGCAAGAAACUCAGGAGAAAGUUGCAGAUGUGGCUCUGGUCGCAGACCUUCUGUCCUGUCCUUUACACGUGGAAUGACCUAGGGACCAGGUUUUGGCCUCGCUAUGUGAAAGUAGGGAGCUGCUAUAGUAAGAGGUCUUGUUCUGUGCCAGAGGGCAUGGUUUGCAAAGCUGCCAAGUCUAUGCAUUUGACCAUCUUAAGGUGGAGGUGUCAACGCAAGACUCAGCAGAAGUGCGCGUGGAUAACCAUUCAGUACCCCGUCAUUUCCGAGUGCAAAUGCUCAUGUUGAGACUCUUCUUGGACUAAUGCAAACAGACAGUAGCUUCAUGGUUCAAGCUUCGUGUUAUAUGCACUGUAAUAUGUAGAAAUGUAUAUGUGUGUAUAUAUGGCAUUGGUCUAAAUUACUAUUAAAAGGUCAGUAUUAUUCUUUUAAAUAACAAGUGUCUACUGUAUUUCCAACACUAUUAUCCUGUUUGUGUUUUAUUUUAAUAUUAUUAUUAUUUGCCUUAAUGUAUCUCUAUUUAUAUCCAAAAAAAGGGCACUUCGCUCGGCGAACCAUUUUUUUUAAGAAGAACAAAUUUAAUAGUUUAUUAAUAUAGAAGCAUUUUUUUCCCUUUAUGGAAAAUGUGCAUUUUUUUGACAGACCUCAAAAAGAAAAAAAAAUGAAUAAAAACCAGAGUAAGAUAUAAUUUUCAGUUUAUUGUACAUAGAGAGAGAGAACACAUUUUGAAAGAUGAAAAAUGUACUCUUGUAAAUGAGAAACUAUCUGCUAUUUAUUCUUUUAUUUUUUUUCUCCCCCCCUGUAGAGUGCAGAAUAAAAGUAAACCACUAAAAUAUUAAA